AUGACAACCGUCCGAAGAACUAGAAAACCCAAAACUAAUAGCUUUACUUCCAUUUUGGAUCAGAUCCUUGAUAAAUACAAUCUAUCAGCUGAAUCAAAUCCGCUUCAAUUACGUGCUCAUGCCGAUGAGCUUGGUACUAUGCUACCAGAUUGGAAGGCUCGUAAAGAUGUGAAAGAGGCUCUUCACCGGCGCCUAUUCAAAAACAAUCAAAUAGAAGCUCUUGUACCAGACAAAAGGGGGAAAAAACUUACUAUCAAGGAAAGAGCUCAAUAUUGUGCAAAAACUGAAGAUAUAUGGGAUAUUUGGUUACAUGCUUUAGACUUAGCUGUUCCAAAAAAUAAUACAGAUAAGGUGAUUGUGGCGGCCAGUUCCUGUCUAUCGCAAUUUCGUAAAGAAUUAGCAGAAGCUGGAGUUGAUCCUGAGCAAAUUAAUACAUAUGCCAAAUUACCAAAUGUUACUCGAGCUUCUAACAAAAUUCAGAAGAGAAAACUUGAACGGGAUUAA